GCAAACUAAAAAUACUCUCUUUCUUUCCUCUACUGUGAGUGAUGUGAUCAGAGUCAACCCCAAACUUUGUAAUAAGUCGUCGUGAAAAUCACCCACAUUGGAUUUUUACACAUAUAUGAAAUAUAAAUAUCUAGACAAAGAUUGAGAGCAUCAUAUCAUGUCUGCAGUGAAGGAAGAAGGAAACCAGCCCAAUUGUGGGAAAAAGAAUAAUAUUAAAUGGAGAAGGAAGCAGAAAGAAGUAAGAUGGUUGAAGCAUUAUUCAUCUGAUCAUCGGAUUUUGUUGGUUGGAGAAGGAGAUUUCUCGUUUUCACUUAGUUUGGGUAUGGCUUUUGGUGAUGCUUCCAACAUUGUGGCCACUUCCCUUGAUUCUCAUGAUGUUCUGAUUAAGAAAUACAAGGAAGCAAAAACAAACUUGGAGACCUUGCAUUCUCUUGGAGCUCAGUUGUUACAUGAAGUUGAUGCCCUCCAAAUGAAGCUUCAUACAGAUCUUCAAAUGCAGAAGUUUGACCGGAUUAUUUAUAAUUUUCCACAUGCCGGUUUUCUCGGGCGUGAAGAUGAUCAACAAGUCAUCAUGAUGCACAGAAAUCUGGUUUCUGGUUUCUUUAAGAAUGCAAGUGGCAUGUUGCAACCAAAGGGUGAAGUUCAUGUAACCCACAAGACUUCAGAACCUUUUCAUUUAUGGAACAUCGAAGAACUUGCUACUCAAAAUUCUCUAACAUUGCUUGAACGCGCCGAGUUCAAACUUGAAGACUAUCCAGGUUACAGCAAUAAAAGAGGAGCUGGAAUGACAUCUGACGCAUCAUUUCCUUUAGGAGAGUGCAGCACUUAUAAGUUUGUGUUUUUUUCAAAAGGCGAUUCGAGCAAGGAAGAUGGAUUAUGCUAUUGUGACCCUCCUCUAAAAAGAGUUGAGCAUGUAUCUUGGUCAAAGAAAAACCCAAACCGAAGAUUUAUGGGCUGUCCUAAAUAUGGAGGACCUGAAAGUGCGCAUUGUAAAUCCAUUGACUGGAUUGAUCCUCCUUUAAGUGGCUGGUAUAAAAAAGCAAUGAGUGAGCUUCGUUUAAUUCAUCAUGAAAGGGAUGAGAAAGAAAGGCUAAUGAAGUCUCUAACUCAUCAAAGGAAGGAGAAAGAAGCAGAAAUUGAAGCAUUAGUUGAAGAAAAGAUUCAAAACGAAAAGUUAAUGGAAACUUUGAAAUCCCAAAAUAAAGAAAUGCUUGCAUACAAAGAGAAACUAAUGGAGUCUCUAACUCGUCAAAGGAAUGAGAAAGAAGCGGCAAUUGAAGCUUUACUUGAAGAAAAGAUUCAAAAGAGAAAGUUAAUGGAAGCUUUGAAAUCCUUAAAUAAUAAACUCGAUGCAUACAAAAAUUGGCAGAAUAAGCUUUAUAAAAGAUGUUUGAUGGUAUCUGCAGUCUUAGUAGUCGGUUAUUGGUGGCGUCGUUCAAAAAAACGGUAGUUGUUGCCUGUUGGUGUUCUGAGUAUUUAUUUAGUGAUAUAGUACUGUAAUGUCUUGGAGCCUUGGACUUGUUUUCAAUUUGAAUGCAAAUGAAGUUUAUGUA